GUCAUUUUUUUUUCAGAAUCUAAAAUCCACAGCGUGCCGAAAUUUCAGUCUCAUUUCAUUAAUUCAUUUAAUCCUCAAAACGAUGCCGUAUUGCGAAGUCGCGUCGCCGCAGAAUGCCGCCGCCGACGACGAAGCAACAAAAAUCUACUACCGGACUUACGGCCGCGGCCCCAUCAAGGUCCUCCUGAUCAUCGGAUUGGCCGGAACUCACGAAUCGUGGGGGCCACAGAUUCAGGGGCUCACGGGGUCGGUUACGCCGAACGACGAGGAUAGGCCGGCGGCGGAGUGUGGCGACAAUGAGGCUGGUUUCAGCGGCGGAGGUAUCGAGGUUUGCGCGUUUGAUAAUCGGGGCAUGGGCCGGAGCUCCGUGCCGGCGAAAAAGUCCGAUUACACAACAAGAACAAUGGCGAAGGAUGCAAUCGCUUUGAUGGAUCAUCUGGGGUGGAAGCAAGCGCAUGUUUUCGGGCAUUCAAUGGGAGCUAUGAUAGCUUGUAAGUUAGCAGCGAUGGUUCCUGACAGUAUUUUGUCAUUGGGUUUGCUCAAUGUCACCGGAGGCGGUUUUGAAUGUUUACCAAGGCUCGACCGCCAAACAUUAUCUAUUGCUAUUCGUUUUCUAAAGGCAAAGACUCCGGAGCAAAGAGCAGCUGUUGACUUGGACACCCACUAUUCGAAGGAGUAUCUUGAGGAAAAUAUUGGAUCCAACACAAGAAGGGCAAUUUUAUACCAACAAUAUGUAAAAGGUAUAUCGGCUACUGGGAUGCAGUCUAACCAUGGUUUCGAAGGUCAACUGAAUGCGUGCUGGACACAUAAAAUGACACCAACUGAAAUUGAAAUGAUCCGCUCCGCUGGGUUUCUUGUUUCAGUCAUUCAUGGCAGGCAUGAUGUCAUUGCUCAAAUAUGUUAUGCAAAGAGAUUGGCACAGAAGCUGCAGCCUGUUGCUAGAAUGGUAGAUCUUCCUGGAGGACAUCUUGUGAGUCAUGAGAGGACUGAAGAGGUCAAUAAAGCCCUUCUUGAGUUGAUCAAGGCUUCAGAAGCUAAGACAGAGCCACAGGACUGGACAAAUUUGCCUGAGAAAAGUUCCGGGUGGGUGGUUACAAGGAUGUCGUUUAUCAAAAAAAGUAAUAGCGAGGCUAACAGUGCAUGUUUGGCAUCCAGUAUGUUGCAGAAGCUACAUAUGUUCCUCUUGUACUUGUUUGGUCUCUUUGCCUUGGCGUGCGAGAAAGGAUUGAUGACUUUCAGAAGUAUAAAACCAGCUAGAGUUGCAAAUUCCAUUACAUAAGCUGUUGGUCGAUGGAAAUCCAAAUGUUUCACUGGGGCUCAUCAGUUUUUCAUUCUAUCAGCCAUGCUAAGCGUAUUUAACUGGUUUUUUGCACAUCAAGUAAAUUUUGUGUAGAAUUCGGGGUUCCUGAUUCAUAUACCAGAGUUCAUUAACUUAAUGAGGUCCUUUAUACACAAUAAAGACAUGUUGCAGUUGGUGGAAGAAAUGGAGAGAGAUUCACUACAGCCAAUAUUUAGGCAGUUCCCAGUUCUCCUUAUGACCUUAUCCUGCAACAAAUAUUUACAGAUCCACACCUUUACUGUCCUCCAGCAGAAUGAGGGAAAAGGGAUAGGGUGUUUCUAUUUGUAUCUAUCUUCUUGUUCCUCGUGUAAUUUUACUUGCAAUUGCCAAUAUAUUUACUCUUGGCAACAGAACAACCUUAGACUUGAAGAUUCUGAGAGCAGUUCUAAACUAAACAGUCAUAUAUCAACCUUUCAUGUUAAGAAGUUAAACUUAAAUGCUUGAUACAGGAAAGUUAGCAGCAUGAAUAUAUUGUAUGCAGAAACCUAUAUUCUAUCAUAUUAUAUAACACAUAUAUAAUCUCCAC